AUGACUAACAGCGAUUCAAACUUGGGAAUCAUUCAAAUAGCCUUAGAUUUUCCAAAAAACUUAACACCACAGACUGAAUUACAAGCUCCUAGUGGAAUCUCAAUCGACAACAUCAAACAUGUACUUGACCUAGUACAUAAUUGUUGGUGCUCUAAGUUUCCUGAGACGAAUAGAAAUGUAAUAACGAGAGAGAAAUGGCAGUUCAUAAAUUCUGCAACAGAACAUCAGGAGGCUGGGGUUCAAUUCAAGAAGGCCGAGGGAAGCAACUUGUUUGAUAUAAAAUUCAUUAGUGGGGCUUUAGAAAUUCCACUAUUAUCCAUCACAGACCAUACAGAGUCUUUCUUGACAAAUCUAGUCGCAUUUGAGCUGUGUCCUUCAUAUGAUAAGCCAAAGUACGUUUGUGACUAUAUUGUCUUCAUGGAUCACCUCAUCAAUGCCUCCAAGGAUGUUCGUUUACUUAAUCGUAGUGGAAUUAUUGAAAGUUGGGUGGGUGAUGAUGCAGAGGUUUACUCCAUGUGGCACAAGUUGUUCAAAAUCACCCUAACAGAUCUUAAAAACUUUGGUUACCCUGAAGUUUUCAUUAAUGUAAACAACCAUGGUAAGGGAUGCCGAAACGUGUGGAUGGCAAACUUAAAGCGGAAUUACUUCAACAGUCCAUGGGCAUUGAUUUCGUUUUCGACUGCUACCAUACUACUGCUGCUUACUGUGGCACAGACUAUCUUUUCCAUUCUUUCUUUUGGCAAAGGCAUCUUUUGA